UGCUCUGGCAGAGGAUCUAGGAAGGUUGGCGGUCAGAGGCAGGAGAAAAGGCGGCCACGCACAUCAUGAUCGGAGACUUCAUCGCUUGAAACCCGACAACUCAGAUCUUCGAGUCCAGCUCCCAUCUCAGAGAAGGCACCAUGAUUCCUGUGAUGGAAUUCCGGCAGUUUUCUGAACAGCAGACAGCGUUCAGAGUCCUGAAGCCGUGGUGGGAUGUGUUCACUGACUAUCUGUCUGUAAUGAUGCUCAUGAUUGGCGUCUUUGGAUGUACUCUUCAGGUAAUGCACGAUAAAAUUAUAUGCCUUCCUCAGAGAAUAUCAUUGCCUUCAGACAACAGCAGUGAAGUAGGAUUGAAGUCACCAUUACAUCUGCAGUCCAACACCUCAACUGUACCAACAGGCCUGAAGACCAAUCUAGAUCUUCAACAGUACAGUUUCGUCAACCAAAUGUGCUAUGAGAAUGCCUUGCAUUGGUAUGCCAAAUACUUUCCCUAUUUGGUGCUCAUGCACACUUUAGUUUUCAUGGUGUGUAGCAACUUCUGGUUCAAAUUCCCUGGCUCAAGCUCUAAAAUAGAGCAUUUUAUCUCUAUGCUUGGCAAGUGCUUCGACUCUCCCUGGACCACACGAGCUUUGUCGGAAGUGUCUGGAGAAAAUCCAGAAGAACAGGAUCAUAAAACGGGCACCGCUUCUAGGUCUAACAUUCCUAUGUCUCCGGGGGAAGGCAGCCUCGAGAAGACGCAGUCCCUCCGUUCUAUUGCCGAAAAGAUUGUUGUUGACCAGCCAUCAGCAAGUGUUCUUGAUAAAAAGGAGGGUGAACAAGCUAAAGCUCUGUUCGAAAAGGUGAAGAAGUUCCGUUUGCAUGUUGAGGAAGGAGAUAUCCUUUACCUCAUGUAUGUUUGCCAGACUGUAUUCAAGGUGUUUAAAUUCCUUGUGAUCAUUGCUUAUAACAGCGCUCUAGUAAAUAACGUAAAUAACACAGUGCGUUGCAACGGUAUCGAGGCAAUCCAGAACAUGACAGGCUACAAAGUCUUUGAAUGUAAUCACACCAUGGCUCAUCUCUUUUCUAAGUUGUCUUGCUGUUACCUGUUCUUGGUGUCUGUCUAUGGAUUAACAAGCCUCUACACCUCCUACUGGCUGUUUUACCGCUCACUGAAAGAAUACUCAUUCGAGUAUGUGCGACAGGAAACGGGCAUCAGUGACAUCCCAGAUGUCAAGAAUGACUUUGCUUUCAUGCUUCACAUGAUUGAUCAGUAUGACCCACUGUAUUCCAAACGAUUUGCAGUUUUUCUCUCCGAAGUCAGUGAGAACAAACUGAAACAGCUCAGUCUUAACCAUGAGUGGACUGCAGAGAAACUGCGUCAGAGACUCCAGACCAACUCCAACAACAAACUUGAACUACAGCUGUUCAUGUUCUCUGGUUUACCCGACACUGUCUUUGAACUGACAGAGCUGCAAUCACUCAAGCUGGAACUAAUCAACAAUGUCACCAUCCCUGCCUCAAUCUCACAGCUGCAAGAUCUUCAGGAGCUGUCUCUUCACCAGUGCUCUUUAAAGUUGCACACAACUGCUACUUCCUUCCUCAAAGAGAACCUGAAAGUGCUUCGUGUGAAGUUCGACGAUAACAGAGAACUUCCAAACUGGAUGUAUGGCCUGCGAAAUUUAGAGGAGCUCUAUCUUAUUGGGUCCCUCAGCUCUGAUGCCUCCAAGAAUAUAAUUCUUGAGUCUCUGCGGGAAAUGAAGUGUCUCAAAAUACUCUCCCUUAAGAGCAGCUUAACCAAAAUACCCCAGUCGAUUGUGGAUGUUUCCAGCCAUCUGCAGCAAUUCUAUUUGCACAACGAUGGCACUAAGCUAGUAAUGCUCAACAACCUGAAAAAGAUGACAAAUCUAAUAGAGCUGGAGCUAGUGCGCUGUGAUCUGGAGCGCAUUCCGCAUGCAGUCUUUAGCCUAACAAGUCUGCAAAAGCUUGACCUGAAAGAGAAUAACCUUCGUUCGAUAGAGGAAAUUGUCAGCUUCCAGCAUCUGCGGAAGCUCACUUGCCUCAAACUCUGGUACAACAGCAUCAUGUACAUCCCAGAGCAUAUCAAAAAACUCGGCAGCUUAGAGCACCUCUACUUCAGCCACAACAAGAUUGAGAUAUUGCCCUCACACCUGUUCUUGUGCAACAAGCUGCGCUACCUGGACCUAUCCAACAAUGACAUCCGUUUCAUUCCUCCAGAAAUCGGAGUUCUUCAGAGCCUGCAGUACCUUUCUGUCUCUUGUAACAAAAUUGAAAAUCUACCAGAUGAACUGUUCUUUUGCAAAAAGCUGAAAACGCUAAAGCUUGGCAAGAACUCGCUGUCCAAACUCUCGCCAAAAAUAUCCUAUCUAGCUCUUCUGACCUACCUGGGGCUCAAAGGCAACCACUUUGAGUUCCUGCCACAGGAGCUUGCUUUCUGUCGCGCUUUGAAGCGCAGUGGCCUUAUAGUUGAGGAGACACUGUUUGAAACUCUGCCUUCAGAUGUCAGGGAUCAAAUGAAGGCUGAGUGAGAUGCCUUACUGUAGCCGUAGUGCCUGCUGUUUGUUCUGUCUAUCAAUUCAGAGCAUUUGUUUAAUAUGAAGUCAUUGUUAUAUUUAAGCAUUAUAAACAUGCUAGAGAUAUCUUUUUGUUCUUUUGUUUUAUUAACUGAAGGAAAAUGACAUAUUCAUCUAUCGUCACAUUGAGUGUGGCUGCUGCAGGGACACUUUAUACGGCUACUACUCAAUCUUAAAGAGAGAGUUCCGCGUUAUGAGAAAGUGUUCCUUUUCUUUCUAAAAGUUUUAAGAAAAGUUUUAUUUUAGUCUCACAUCUGUCUAUUAAUCAGUAGUCACUGAUAUAGCCAGGUCAGCUCUUUCUCCCUGAAAUCUCUGAUAAAAAUAACUCUCUGCUGCCUCUAGCUUUAUAUGCAUAAAGUGAUAUUGAUUUUUCUCUUUUAUCUGUGGAGAGGGAAGAAGCUUAUUUCCCAUAUUGUUAAAGCCUUUCUGCAAAGCCUAUUUCCAGUCACUGCGUCAUGACUGAAUGUAAAUCUUCACAUUCAUGACCACACAUUUAUGUGUAAGCCAGUAGCCUUAGGCUGUACUGUAUAUAUUUAGAUCUAAGAGACUGUUACUUCACAUGGAUCACAGGAAAAUAGGAAAGUACUUAUAAAAUAUACAUAGAAUCUAGAAACUUAGAAUGAAACUAGAAUUAAACAGUUCUCUAUUGUAGGAAGCUGUCAUUUUAAAGUGCAUUAAAAGCCUGAAGGAUGAUGUCACACUGGUCUUUGUCUUUGUCUCUAAGUGUGAGCAAAAAAUAUGCAGCGUAAGAAAUAUGCAUUUUCAUGAACAGUAUUUUUAUGUCAUUGACCAAUAAAAUUUGAGUUUUUAAAAAAA